UACACGAGGGAUAUAAGUAUAAGCAUUGUGGAAGUUUAUUUUCUUUGUCAUCGAAUGAUACUGAUUAUUUUCCUUGUAAAGAUAAGUAUGAACUGUAGUCUCUUAUAUCUAAAUUAUAAAAAUGUAAAAAUGCAGAGAGACCAAAUUUUAAAGCAGUUCAUCCUGAAUCCACAGAGGUUCAGCAGCCCCAGGAGGUUAAAAAGCUUCAGCAGUUGUAGCAAGCUCAUCGAGUUCGUUAACUACUGUAAUUGCAUCAACUGCAGUAAAAUAAUUAAUUAUUAUAUUUUAAAAGAUAAGAAUAUUAUGUUAGAAGCUAUUAUUUAUUUUUCCUUCAAAUGUAUAAUUAUAAAGUAA